GGCGGCGGGAGGGCGGGGAAAAGGGGCCUCGCCGCGGGAGGAGCCGCUCGGUGUCGGCAACAUGGCAGCGUCCAGCCGUGCCCAGGUGCUGCGGCUGUACCGCGCCCUGCUGCGGGAGAGCCAGCGCUUCAGCGCCUACAACUACAGAACAUACGCCAUCAGAAGGAUAAGAGAUGCCUUUAGGGAAAACAAGAACGUAGCGGAUUCUGAAAAAAUAGAAGAACUACUGAAUAAAGCCAAAGCAAACCUAGAGGUUAUUCAACGGCAGGUUACCAUUGGCCAGCUGUACUCCACAGAAAAAUUGGUCAUUGAGAGUCCAGGAAAGACAUAGCCAAGAAAAGCCUCUGAUCCUGAAGCAACACUGGACCAUCUUCAGCAUCCUACAGUGCCACAUACAGAAACAUAAACUCACUGCACAUGUCUGAGCUUGUCUGUUCAGCAGAAGAAAUGCCUGAGAGACUCAGUUUUUGGCAACCAAAGUACUAUCUUCUAAUGGGUCACAUGUUCUAAGAUAAAUGGCUGUGAUUUAUAAUAGUAUUUAAAGUAGUCUGGGAAUCUGUUUGCUUGUAUGUCCCAUGUGAUGGAAUAGCUCCUGCCCUAUUUCAACAAUAAAACUUCAUUAAACUACCUGUAA